UGUGUCAAAUUACGAAAGAUGCAGGAGAGUGGCAAAAAUUACAUUUUUAUUUAAUAUAAAUUAAAACAGCGAUCAGUCGUGUUCAUGCGCUUGUAUCAAGUGUUGGUGAAUAAGGUUAAAGCUAUGUCUUCCAAACAUUUGCCUUUAUUUUUGGAAGGAGAAGUUGUCAAAGGCUUUGGAAGAGGAUCUAAAGACUUAGGGUGCCCUACAGCAAAUUAUCCUCUGAGCGUGGUGCAGGCAUUGCCCGAAGGCCUGCAACCCGGCGUGUACUAUGGCUGGGCGCAGGUCGACGCGGGACCCGUGUACAAGAUGGUGGCCAACAUCGGUUGGUGCCCAAUGUAUGGGAACAAGGAAAAGUCUGUGGAAACGCACAUUUUUUCACACAAAUUCGACGAGGACUUCUAUGGAUCUAAUCUCAAAGUGGCUGUUACUGGAUAUUUACGAGGGGAAAUGAAAUUCCCAUCUUUGGAAGAUUUAAAACAACAAAUUAAGCAAGAUAUAUCCGACGCCGAUCGGCAUUUAGAAGAAUCUAGCGCAAAAGACUUAUUAGGCCACAGUUUUUUCACCUCUUGAUUACCUACAUCUCCUGUGCAUCUAUGAAUGUUAAUUAUACAGGUACUUAUCAUAGUAGCAAGUAUUUUAUUCCACCUACAUAAGUAGGUAUGAUUUAUAGAAAAAUGAUUAUAUUUAUUUUUAAAUGACUUGUUAUUUAAUUGAAAGGUGGUGUGUAACGACUAUUUGUCUUGAUUAACGUCAUCAUCGUAAAAGUAGUGUAUUUUGGCGGUGAUAACGAAUGAUACAGACUUAGUUAUCCUAAUUCUGCAUAAUACCUAGCUUAACCCAGACUGAAAGUCGUACUUAAGAAUGUAUUAACUCUCAUAAUGAUGAUGUAUUACUUUAAAUAAAUAAGAUAAUAAUUGGCCUUGUGAUAUUUCACCUCAAAUAAAUGUGUCAGUUCACAAGAAAUUAUUUCUAAUGUAAUUAUUACUAUUUAAAGGUGAUAAUAAAGAACCACUUUAUAUUUUA